AUGCCGAAAACUAAUGCCACCUCGAGAAACCCAACAAAAUCGCGAAGGAAAAGACAACCUCACUUAUUUGAAACUCAUGAAUUCAAAGAACGCCUUAAAUGUUCAAUAGAAAAAAAUUAUAAAGAAUUCAUUUCCGACAGAGAUGAAUUCAAUUUUAGGCACACGAUUGUGCAACUUUUGGCACCUUGUAAGAAAACUAGAGGAAAACGAGGCAGAAUUACUCGACCACAAAAUGCCUUUAUCUUGUACCGAAAAGACUUUCAAGAUGAAAUAAAAAAAGAAUAUCCAGAUGCGAAUUUCGAAAAAAUAUCUCAAAUUGUUGGAGAUAGAUGGGCAAAUGAAUCAGACAAAAUAAAAAAUCAAUAUACUUUAUUAGCGGAGCUUUGCGGUCGUGUUCAUAACGAACUUUUUCCCGAUUAUAAAUUUAAACCAAG